AUGGGCAACGAGGCGAGCCUGGAAGGAGGCGAAGGGCUGGGCGCCUUCCCCGAAGGGGCGGCGGCAGCCGGGGAUGGCGGCGGCUCCGCGGCCCCCUUGCAAAGCCUGGUCCCGGCCGGGGUGGAGGCGGACCUGAGCCAGCUGAGCGAGGAGGAGAGGAGGCAGAUCGCCGCUGUCAUGUCAAGGGCGCAGGGGCUGCCCAGAGGGAACCUCGUCGGCGCGGAGCCGCCUCCCAUGCAAAGACAUCCUGAACUUGAUACAAGCCGCCAUCCCAGACAACCAGGUAAGCCUCCAGAUCCAGGACCAUCAGGUUUAAGUAAAAGCAGAACAGUUGAUGUGCUGAAGACAGAACAACGGGCGCCUGGACGGAGCCCUUCUACUCUCAGUCUACGGGAAUCAAAGUCCAGGACUGAUUUUAAAGAAGAUCAGAAGCCAAGCAUGAUGCCCAGUUUUCUCUCAGAAGCCAAUCCAUUGAGUGCAGUCACUUCAGUUGUGAACAAAUUCAAUCCUUUUGAUUUGAUAUCAGAUUCAGAUACAACUCAUGAAGAAGCCAGUAGGAAACAAAAAGUUGCCCCAAAAGAGCAAGGGAAACCUGAGGAGCAGAGGAGUCCUGCGAAACAUCCAAGUCAACCACAGUCUCCAAAGCCAGCUGUUCAACAAGGACCUGUCAGACCUACUGUCCAACAACCUGAGUCUUCCAAGCCAGUGCCUCAGCAGCAGCAGCCUGGGGAACCAAAGCAAGUUCAGAAACCAGGCCAUGGCCAACCAGCAGAUGCUAAGCAAGAGCAAGUGAAACAACCACCCCAGCUGAGAGGACCACAAAAAUCUCAGCCGCAACCGUCAGAACCAACGAAACCUGUUCAACAACAAACUUCUGCAAAACCUUCAUCAGGCCCUACGAAACCAUCGCCACAGCAACCAGACAGCACCAAAACGACGUCCCAAACACCACCUCCCACAAAACCAUCAUCACAGCAGCCAGGACCUGCAAAACAACCAUCACAACAGCCCGCACGGCAAGGAGGUCCUGUAAAACCAUCUUCCCAGCAGCCGGGGCCUCCAAAACAGCCCUCUCAGCAACCUGGACCUGAAAAGCCAUCUGCUCAGCAGACAGGGCCUGCAAAACAGCCACCUCAGCCUGGAUCUGGGAAGCCACCUCCACAGCAAACAGGCCUUGUAAAACAAGUGCCACCCCAGGCAGGACCUACGAAGCCACCUUCUCAGACUACAGGGCCCACAAAAGCCCCAGCACAACAAGCAGGACCUACAAAACCACCCAGCCAGCAACCAGGGCCUGAAAAACCCCUGCAGCAAAAGCAAGCUGGUGCAAGUCAACCCACUGAGUCUGCCCCAAAGAAAACCUUCUGCCCUCUUUGUACAACCACCGAGCUGCUGCUGCAUGCUCCCGAAAAAGCCAACUACAACACAUGCACCCAGUGUCACACUGUGGUCUGCAGCCUGUGUGGAUUCAAUCCUAAUCCUCACAUCACAGAGAUCAGCGAAUGGCUCUGUUUAAACUGCCAGGUGCAAAGAACAUUAGGAGGUGACCUAGCACUAGAUCAUGGUCCUGGGCCACAGCCACCUGCACCCAAACAGAAGACUCCUUCAAUUCCACCUUCAACUGCUAAACCAUCUCCCCAGACUGUUCAAAAGAAAGAUUUAACUCCAAAACCCGAUCCUUCACAGUUAGCAGAUUCGAAAAAACCCCCGCCACAAAAAAAGCAAACACCCUUGCCUGGGUCUCCUCCUGUAAAAUCAAAACAACCCCAUGCAGAGCCCACUGAGACCUCCCAGCAAAUAGAUGCCACUCCAAAAUCUGAUCAGGUCAAGCCAAUACAGGCUGAAGAAAAGCCAAAACAGCCCAGUGUACAGAAGUCUACAGCGGACACUGUAUCUACCUCUGUAGCACCAGAGCAGAAGCAGGACGUGGCAGGCCCCAGACCUCCAACUCAAAAGAAAGCGACAGACUCCACAAGGCCUGAGCUUGCAAAGCCAUCACAGGACGCACAUCCAGCUGGGGAUAAACCAGAUUCCAAAUCUGUUCCACAAGUGUCCCGGCAGAAGUCAGAUCCCAGGCUUGCGUCUCAGCCUGGGGCUAGACCAGAUGCUAAAGCUCAAAGGCCUGUUGAGCCAGCGCAAACAAAAGAUGAUCCUAAAAAGUUGCCAACAAAACCAGCCCCAAAGCCUGAUACAAAACCAGCUCCCAAGGGCCCACAAGCAGGGGCAGGACCCAAGGCAGUGCCAGCACAGCUGGCACCUCAGUCCCAGCCACCUCAGAAAACUCCGGAGCAAUCAAGGCGUUUCAGCCUUAACCUGGGAGGCAUCACUGAUGCCCCUAAGCCCCAGCCUACAACACCACAAGAAACAGUUACUGGGAAACUCUUUGGAUUUGGAGCUUCAUUCUUCAGCCAGGCCUCAAAUUUAAUUUCCACAGCGGGUCAGACAGGGUCUCAGACAUCGGGCCCCCCUCCACCUGGUCCUGCAGCGAAGCAGCCCCAGCCUCCACCACAGCCUCCAGCCCCUCAGCCAGCCCCCAAAGAGGCUGGACAGGCUCAGCCUCUUCCAAAAGCUGUUCCUGUAAAGAGAGAAGCCAAGCCUGUUACAACUGAAAAAACAGAGCCAUCAAAAGUGGAUAGUGUUUUAACAAAAGGAUCUGAUUUAGAAAAGAAGCCUGGCUUGGCUAAAGAUAGCAAGCCUCAAGCUGCUGAAGCUAAGAAACCUGGUGUGCUGUCAGAACCAGAGAAACCUAGCCAGCCUGAAAUGUCUUGUCCCCUUUGUAAAACUGGACUAAAUAUUGGUUCUAAGGAUCCCCCCAACUUUAAUACCUGUACUGAGUGCAAGAAAGUUGUGUGCAAUCUCUGUGGAUUUAACCCAAUGCCGCACGUGGCUGAGGUGCAGGAAUGGCUCUGCUUGAACUGCCAGACCCAAAGGGCAAUGUCAGGACAACUUGGAGAUAUGGGCAAGGUGCCACUUCUGAAAACAGGUCCUUCACAAGCAACAUCCAAACCACCUGCUCCUCCUCAAAAACGGCCUCUGCCUGCUGUCUCACAUUCCCCUCAGAAGACUUCCACACCGCCUACUCCAGCAGCAGCAAAGCCCAAAGAAGAACCAGGCGUUCAGAAGGAAGCUCCAAAACUUCAGCAGGGGAGAUUGGAAAAAACAUUGUCAGCUGAUAAAAUCCAGCAAGGAGUUCAAAAGGAAGAUGCAAAACCUAAGCAAGGAAAACUUGUCAAGGCACCCUCAGCUGAUAAAAUCCAGCAUUCUUCUCAGAAGGAAGACCCAAGGAUUCAGCAAACAAAACUGACAAAGACGGCCUCCUAUGACAGAGUUUUGCAUGAAGUUCAGAAGGAGGAUGAAAAACUACAAGAAGCAAAACUGGCAAAGAUACCUUCAGCUGACAAAAUUUUACAGGGAAUUCAGAAAGAAGACCCAAAACUCCAACAGAUGAAAAUGGCAAAGGCACUGUCAGCUGACAAAAUCCAACCUGCAGCUCAGAGGGAAGAUACAAAACUUCAGGAGGUAAAAUUGCCAAAGGCAGCUUCAGUUGAUAAAAUCCAACACGGAAUUCAGAAAGAUACAAAACUUCAACAUGAAAAGAUUAAGAAAACUUCAUCGGUGGAUAGAAUCCAAGAGGAAGGUCAAAAAGAAGAAACAAAACUUCAGCGAGGGAAACUGUCAAAGACACCUUCAGCAGAUAAAAUUCCUGCAACAACUGCAGACCAAAAGAAACCACUAAGCAUUUUGGAAGAAGGUAAAGAAACUGUACUUCCAGAAAAGAGUGCACCACAUCCAGAAGACAAAAAGGAAGAAAUUACAGCUGAGAUUAAAGACCAUGUUGCUGAGCAGAAAGCAGAAGUUGAAGCACCUUAUAAGGGACUGCAGGCUAAGGAGCAAGAAGAUGUUAAGAAAGAGGAUAUGACAACUGGGGUUUCAAAAGAGGUUUUGAAGGCUGAAAAAGCUCAGGAAGAAGAAACUCCUGUUCAAACAGCACCUUUGCCAGGAACCGACCAUGUGGAACCAGUGCGAGAAAAAAUAGAAAAGGAGGAUGACAAAUCAGACACAUCAAGCUCUCAGCAACAGAAAAGUCCGCAAGGUCUGAGUGACACCGGGUAUUCUUCUGACGGGAUAUCAAGUUCACUUGGUGAAAUUCCAAGUCAUAUCCCCAUUGAUGAAAAGGAUUUACUCAAGGAAUCUAAUAAAAAAGACACUAUUUCACAAGAAAGUCCACCAAGCCCCUCAGAUCUAGCUAAAUUGGAAAGUACUGUACUCUCAAUUUUAGAAGCUCAGGCAAGCACUCUUUCUGAUGAAAAAUCUUCAAAAGGCAAAGAGCUUUCUGAAACAUAUGGUGAACAGACAAAGGAUCAACUUAAAACAAAGCCUUUGCCUGUCACUCCAGAAUCUUACAGUUCAGAUGAGGAAGACUUAAAAGCCAGCAAAGGUGAAGGAACCAUUGCAGAAGAGGGCAAAGGAACUGCUUCCUCCCAGACAGAUUACAAGGAUGAGCAUGAAGGAGAUGACAUAUCAGCAAGAAGACAACAACGCUAUGACUCUGUGGAAGACAGCAGUGAGAGUGAAAACUCACCUGUUCCAAGGAGAAAAAGAAGAACUAGUGUUGGUUCUUCAAGCAGUGAUGAAUACAAACGAGAUGACAGUCAGGGAUCAGGUGAUGAGGAAGACUUCAUUAGAAAACAGAUUAUAGAGAUGAGUGCUGAUGAAGAUGCUUCAGGUUCUGAAGAUGAUGAAUUCAUUAGAAAUCAACUCAAAGAGAUCAGUGCAGCUGAAAGCCAAAAGAAAGAAGAAGUGAAAAGCAAAGCCAAAGGAACAGCUGGAAAACACAGAAGAAUGGCACGGAAAAGUAGUGCAGGCUAUGAUGAGGAUGCAGGAAGAAGACAUUCAUGGCACGAUGAUGAUGAUGAAACUUUUGAUGAAAGCCCAGAACCAAAAUACAGGGAAAGUAAAAGUCAGGACAGUGAAGAACUUGCAGUAUCUGGAGGGGGAGGCCUUCGACGUUUCAAAACAAUAGAACUGAAUAGUACAAUAACAAAUAAAUAUUCUGAAGUAUCUGAACAACAGAAAGGUAUUUUGUAUUUUGAUGAAGAGCCUGAGCUAGAGAUGGAGAGCCUUACAGAUUCACCAGAAGAUAGAUCCAGAGGAGAAGGAUCUUCCAGUUUACAUGCUUCUAGUUUCACACCAGGUACAUCUCCUACUUCAGUGUCAUCACUCGACGAAGACAGUGACAGUAGUCCUAGUCACAAAAAACUGGGAGGGGAGAGCAAACAACAGCGCAAAGCAAGGCAUCGGACACAUGGUCCUCUUCUUCCUACUAUUGAAGAUUCUUCAGAAGAAGAAGAACUACGGGAAGAGGAAGAAUUGCUAAAGGAACAAGAGAAACAACGUGAAUUAGAACAGCAGCAAAGAAAAAGUUCUAGCAAAAAAUCUAAAAAGGACAAGGAUGAACUCAGAGCCCAGAGAAGAAGGGAACAUCCAAAGACUCCCCCGAGUAAUCUUUCUCCCAUUGAAGAUGCAUCUCCAACAGAAGAAUUACGACAGGCUGCAGAAAUGGAAGAGCUGCACAGAUCAUCUUGUUCUGAAUAUUCACCCAGCAUUGAGUCAGAACCUGAAGGUUUUGAAAUCAGCCCAGAAAAAAUAAUAGAAGUGCAAAAAGUUUACAAAUUGCCUACUGCCGUCUCUCUAUACUCACCAACAGAUGAACAACCAGCUGGACUCACAAAAGGAGAGAGUGGUCAAAAGACACUGAAAAGUGCCGAAGAGGUAUAUGAGGAGAUGAUGCAUAAGUCCAAAUCAUUUCAAAUGUCAAAUGAAAAAGAUGAAGUAUUUGAAAAAGAGUCUUUAUAUGGUGGAAUGCUAAUAGAGGAUUAUAUUUAUGAAUCUUUAAUAGAGGAUACUUACAAUGGAAGUAUUGAUACUAAUCUAGUGUUGAGACAAGAUGAGAGCAGUGAAUAUAUACAACAGAGAGGAAAAGAGAAAAAGCCAAGAGCUUCAGAACAGGUCUAUGAUGAACCACAGAAAAUUAGUGAUCUAGAAAAAGACUACUAUAGUGUUGAGACUUUACAUACUAUUGUGCCUCAAGAAGAUAUUGUUUCUAGUUCUUACAUUAUCCCAGAAAGUCAUGAAAUAGUUGUAUUAGACAGCACAGUUACUUCCACCAUUGAGGAAAAGCAUUUGUUAGAUGCAGAAGCUGCUUAUGAAGAGCUUAUGAAAAGACAGAAAAUGCAGCUAACCCCAGGGUCUAGUCCAACACAGCCAGUUUCAGAUUUCAUUCCCACAACUGAUACAAAAGUAUCUGGUGGUGGAGAAGUAGUGGAUAGUACAUCUUUAACAUCAAGCACUACUUCAGCAAUCUCAGAUGUAUCGCCUGUCAGUAGCACAACACUUUCUAUUCCAGAUGUCAAAAUAACACAGCAUUUUACAGCAGAGGAAAUUGAAGAUGAAUACUUAACAGAUUAUGCCAGAGAAAUUCAAGAAAUCAUUUCUCAUGAAACAUCAAUAUUGACAUACUCUGAGACAUCAGAAGGUGUUGCAUCAGUUUUGCCUUCUGAUACAGCUUCCUUAACAUCAUCUACAUCUUCAGUUUGUACCACAGAUAGUUCUUCACCUGUAGAUAGUACAACCACAGGUUUUGUAGGUCCUGCAGAAGGUAUAAGUAAGCCAGCAGAUUCUGAAGGUGUCAGGAUAGUAACACAGGUUCCCUUAACAUCUGCAAAAGAGUACUCUGAAGUGAGCAUGCCUUAUGAAUCUGUUGCCGGAGCUACUAAAAAAACAUCUCUUGAAUCAGAUGCAGAGAGUGUGGAGCAGACUGCAGUUUGUUUGCCUGAAACUUUACCUUUAGUAGUGGCAUCUACAGUUACAAAAUCCAAGGAAUAUGCAGCUGAUACCAUUAUCUUUGAUACCUCCAAAUCAGAAAAGGAAGCAGCUAGAAAAAUUAUAAGUACAGUAGAGGCUGGCAGUGUCAAAAUUCACCAUGAAGAGCCACACAAAGAAUUGGGUGUUGAUAUGACAAGGAUUGAUUUGACUAAUGCUGCAUCUGAGCAACCACCUGUAUGUAUAGCACCACUACCAGUUACAGAGCCUGCAUCAGAAACAUCUUCUAUACUCACUCCCAGUGUUGUAAGUAAGACCAUCAUGGUCUCUGUGCCUUCCUCAGCUCCUGCUGUUUCAGCCAAAAUAUUCUCUCUUUUUAGAAGCUCUUCUUUGGAUUCUCCUGCACUUCCUUCUCCACCCCCACCUCCUCCUCCUCCACCACCUCCUCCGCCACCAUUACCACCACCACCUAUUCUACCCAAGCCAGCCAUUUAUCCCAAAAAGAAGUCACAGAUUAAGGCUCCAGCAGCAGCAGCAGCAGCUCCCACAGUGGUACCUUCAGUCACAAGUGUUCCAACACUAGAGUCCACAGCUGUAUUAAAGGAUCAUGUGGUACCUAUCAGUAAAACAUAUACCCCAACACCACCUCCUGUACCACCCAAACCAUCCUCCAUUCCAGCAGGGCUUGUUUUCAGUCACAGGCCCCCUGAAGUAACUAAACCUCCAAUUGCUCCUAAACCAGCAGUUCCUCCACUCCCAAUAUCUGUUCAUAAGCCAGCAGAAACACAGCCUAAACCAGUAAGCUUGUCAUUGACUUCAAGUAUGACUCUGAAUUUGGUAUCCACAGCUGAAUACAAAAUACCAUCUCCCACUUCCCCUUUGUCUCCACACUCUAACAAAUCUUCACCAAGGUUGACAAAACCCUCACAGGAAACCUAUGUUGUCAUCACAUUGCCAUCUGAGCCUGGAACUCCUACUGAAGCUAUAACUAGCCAGGCUGUUACUAGCUGGCCUUUAGAAGCACCUUCUAAAGAACAAAUUCCCCAACCUAUGCAACCAGUUUUUACCACAUCCAUGAAAACAAUGGAUAUUCAAAGUAUGGCAGGUCAGAGUAUGUAUAUUUCAGGUGCACUGCAAGCUAUUCCUGUGACAACACAAGCGACUUUUGAAAAAAUACCUAGUUCAAAAUCAGAAGUAGUAACAACAGAUAUAACCAAGACCACAGUGUCUGUGAUUAAGGGUCCCAUGCCUGGUUAUGGUUUAGGUAGUGUUGCUGUUACUAUACCUCCAGAGCCCCUACAUAUUGUAGACCAACCCAGAUACAGGGAGAAUGGAAGAUUCCAUCCUUUGGGCGAUGUCAUAGAUCUUCGCACUUUGACUAAGAUGGACAUUGAAAUGAGAGACAGCUGUAUGGAUCUCUCUGCUGUUUCCAUGGAUGUAAGAAGGCAAAUGCCAGCAAGUGACACAGGUGGACGGCCAGUAAGUACAGUCCAGCCAUCCAUAAUAAAUCUUAGCACUGCAUGUGUUGCUGAUACUUCUCUGCCUGUAGUCACUGAGACAGUAACUGUAAUGACCUGCACUGCUACUGUGAGCUACACCACCAGCACAGAUAGCCUUGUGGAUCUGGGACACGCGAUGACAACGCCGCUUCAGCUAACAACUUCAAAACAUUUUGAGCCUGCAUACAGAGUAGCAGGCAGCCAGGCUUUCUCUGUAGGUAGAGAUGAAGUGCCAAUAAAUUUAUCACUAGGUACUUCAACACAGGCAGUGACAUGGGCUACUACAAAGCCUGUUACUGUACCACCUGUUGGUGUUACAAAUGGUUGGACUGAUCUCUCCACUUCUCAGGAGCCAGCAGAGAGUGGAGCAGUUGACCUUAGCACUACAAAAUCCCACAGAACAGUAGUAACAAUGGAUGAAACUGCUUCUGGUAUGAUAACAACAGUAAUAGAGGAUGAUGAAAAGCCUGUAGAUCUGACUGCGGGGAGAAGAGCUGUCUGCUGUGAUAUGGUUUAUAAGCUGCCAUUUGGUAGAAGCUGUACAGCACAGCAGCCUUCUACUACACUUCCUGAAGAUCGCUUUGGCUACAGAGAUGACCAUUAUCAGUAUGAUCGUUCAGGGUCGUAUGGCUACCGAGGAAUUGGAGGUAUGAAACCAUCUAUGUCUGACACAAAUUUAUCAGAAGCUGGACUAUUUGCAUACAGAAGCAAGAAUAGUUUUGAUUAUCAAGUUGGGGCAACUGAUACAGCAGUAGAUCUUACUUCUGGAAGAGUAACGACAGGUGAGGUUAUGGAUUACUCAAGCAAGACUACAGGUCCAUAUCCAGAGACUCGGCAGAUUUCUGGCCUCGGGCUCAGUACACCACAGUAUUCCCAAGCAAGAAUGGUGUCUUCUGUGGGUUCCCAGUUUGGCGUUGGAAGUGUUUUAAGAUCAUCCAAUGGUGUUGUUUAUUCUUCAGUAGCAACUCCAAUCCCAUCCACAUUUGCCAUCACCACACAACCUGGUUCUAUUUUCAGUACAAGUGUCAGAGAUCUACCUACUCUCCAAACAAUUGACUCAGUGCCCUCUUUAUCAACUUUGCAACAGACUCAACCACUCCCAAGAUCAUACAGUUUCUUGACAACUGUUGCAGCUGAAAAAGAUAAAGCAAUUACUGCCAUUGGUAUGGAGACAGGGUUACCACCUCAUUCUAUAGAAACUAUUACCACUGAGCCAACCGGCUUGAUACCUGCUUUAACUACAGCAUCUGAAGUUUAUACAGAUGUAAUUGAUGAUGAGGUUGCCCUUCUCAUUGCCCCUGAAGAAGGCAAACAGCAGCAGCUUGAUUUGGAACGGGAACUUCUUGAGCUUGAGAAAAUUAAGCAGCAGCGCUUUGCAGAAGAGCUGGAAUGGGAACGUCAGGAAAUUCAAAGAUUUAGGGAACAAGAAAAGUUUAUGGUGCAAAAAAAGCUUGAGGAGUUGCAAUCCAUGAAACAUCAUCUCUUAUUUCAGCAGGAGGAGGAACGACAAGCUCAGUUUAUGAUGAGACAAGAGACAUUAGCCCAGCAGCAGUUGCAGCUUGAACAAUUCCAACAACUUCAACAGCAGCUCCAUCAACAGUUAGAGGAGCAAAAACUUCGUCAAAUAUAUCAGUAUGGUUAUGACCCCGCAGGAACUGGCUCACCCCAAACUACCACAGAUCAAACACUUUUGGAAGGACAGUACACAAGCACAGAAAAUGGCCAAUUUUGGCCUACUGAUGACACAACAACUACAGCUUCAGGGGUGCUGGGUAUUGAAAUUCCACAAAGUCAAGCAUGGUAUACAGUUCAGUCUGAUGGCAUUACCCAAUACAUACCCAGGUCUGGUAUUCUAAGCUCAGUUUCAGAAAUGUCUCUUAAGGAUAUUGAUGUUAGAGAGGAGAAACAAUUGAAAAAGAGAAGUUCUAUGCCAAAAUUACGUGGCCCCUAUGAAGAAUUUGAGGAGACCCUGGAAGAAGAGCCUCGGUGUUUCAAAAAAAUAGUGGACAGUGGAGUGCAAACUGAUGAUGAAGAUGGAGCAGAAAGAGGUUACACCAACAGGAGACGGAGAGCUAAGAAGAGUGUUGAUACAAGUGUUCAGACAGAUGAUGAAGAUCAAGAUGAAUGGGAUCUUUCCAGCAGAUCACGAAGGAAGCCUCGUGUAGGGAAAUACAGCGAGAGCACUGCUGAGGCAGACAAAGCUAAAUCAUUCUCCAAGGUAUCUAGUAUUGCAGUUCAGACAGUGGCAGAGAUUUCUGUGCAAACAGAACCUGUAGGAACAAUAAGAACACCUUCAAUCAGGGCCCGAUGGGAUGCUAAGGUUGAGAUCAUAAAACAUAUUUCAGCUCCAGAAAAGACGUAUAAAGGAGAAAGUCUGGGAUGUCAAACAGAGACAGCAUCAGACACUCAAAGUUCCCAAUAUCUGUCAGCUUCAUCUCCUCAGAAAGACAAAAAACGUCCAACACCAUUAGAGAUAGGAUACUCAUCCCACCUUCGUCCUGACUCCACAUUACAGGUAGUCCCUUCCCCUCCCAAAUCUCCCAAAGUUCUCUAUUCACCAAUUUCACCCGUUUCACCAAGCAAAGUUAUAGAGUCAGCAUUUGUACCUUAUGAAAAACCCAUGACUGAUGACCUCAGCCCUCAGAAGAUGCUGCAUGCUGACAUGGCCAAGGUUCCUCCAUCAAGCCCAAAGGCAGCAAAGAUGAUGCAACGCUCUAUGUCUGAUCCUAAGCCCCUGAGUCCCACAGCAGAAGACAGUUCCAGAACUCAGUUUCAGUACACUGAGGGUUUUAUGUCAAAAGGUUCUUCAAGCAUGACUCCAUCCAGCACUCAAAAGAAGGUGAAGAGGACUCUGCCCAAUCCACCUCCAGAGGAAGCAACAGCAGGAACUCAGUCCCCAUAUACUUCUGUGGGAUCAGUUUCACGCAGAAGGAUUUGUAGGACCACCACUAUGGCCAGAGCCAAAAUUCUUCAGGAUAUAGACAGGGAAUUGGAUCUGGUCGAACGUGAAUCAGCCAAGCUUAGGAAGAAGCAAGCAGAGCUAGAUGAGGAGGAAAAAGAAAUAGAUGCCAAGUUGAGAUACUUGGAAAUGGGCAUUAAUAGGAGGAAGGAAGCCCUACUAAAAGAAAGAGAAAAGAGAGAGCGUGCCUAUCUCCAAGGAGUAGCAGAAGAACGUGAUUAUAUGUCAGACAGUGAAGUUAAUAAUACCAGGUCAACCAGAAUAGAAACUCAGCAUGGCUUGGAAAGACCACGUACUGCACCCCAGACAGAAUUUAACCAGUUUAUGCCACCACAAACUCAGCCAGAAACACAGUUUGCCCCUGCUACAAGCCCAUAUGCUCAAUAUCAAUAUUCAUCUCCUGCCCUGCCAACUCAAGCACCAACUCAGUUCACACAGCAGUCACAUUACCAACAGCAGCAGCCUUUGUAUCACCAGCAGGUUUCACCUUAUCAGACCCAGACAGCAUUCCAAACAGGAGCUACCAUGUCCUUUACCCCACAGGCUCAACCUCCACCAUCUCAGCAGCCAUCAUAUCAACUCCCAUCACAGAUGAUGGUCAUACAGCCAAAGCCAAGACAGACCACAUUAUAUUUGGAGCCUAAGAUAACAACAAACUAUGAUGUGAUUCGCAAUCAGCCUCUCAUGAUAGCACCAGUUUCAACUGACAAUAGUUAUGCAGUUUCCCAGCUGGGCAGUAAAUACUCUACCUUGGACUUAAGGAUAGGACUAGACGAGAGAAACAGCAUAGCAAGCAGCCCUAUAUCAAGCAUAUCUGCAGAUUCGUUCUAUGCAGAUAUAGACCAUCACCAUACAUCCCGAAAUUAUGUGCUGAUUGAUGAUAUAGGAGAACUUACUAAAGGAACAGGAGCUCUUGGUUCCAGUUUUAGUCUCCAUGAGAAAGAUCUGACCAAAACAGAUCGACUUCUUCGCACAACUGAGGCCAGGAGAGCACAAGAAGUGUCAGACUUCCUAGCACCACUGCAGACUUCUUCUAGGUUACAUUCCUAUGUUAAAGCUGAUGAAGACCCAAUGGAGGACCCUUAUGAGCUCAAACUUCUGAAACACCAGAUAAAGCAAGAGUUCCGUAGAGGUGCAGAAAGUCUCGAUCAUCUGGCUGGCCUGUCACAGUAUUACCAUGGAGAGGGCAGCUACAGGCAUUUUCCAAAAUCUGAGAAAUACAGCAUAGGUAGGCUUACUCUUGAGAAACAAGCUGCUAAGCAGCUCCCAGCAGCCCUCCUUUACCAGAAGCAGUCAAAACACAAGAAAGCCUUGAUAGACCCCAAACUAACAAAGUUUUCACCUAUCCAAGAAAGCAGAGACCUUGAGCCUGACUAUUCAAGCUAUAUGACUUCUAGCACUUCAACACUUGGGGGAAUUACUACCAGGGCAAGGCUUCUUCAGGAUGAUAUAACUUAUGGCCUUAGAAAAAACAUCAGUGACCAACAGAAGUACAUGGGGCCACCACUGACGUCAUCCAUUGGAGCAGGCCUUGGGACUGCACUAGGUCCAACAAUGAGAUCUGCACUCCAAGAUGAAGCAGACAAGUCUUAUAGCAGUGGUAGUAGAUCUAGGCCCUCAUCUAGGCCCUCCUCAGUGUAUGGGCUUGAUUUGUCACUGAAAAGGGAUUCUUCUAGUUCUUCUUUAAGACUGAAAGCCCAAGAAGCUGAACCUUUAGAUGUUUCCUUUAGCCAUGCAGCACCUUCUGGAAGAACUAAACCCACCAGUCUACCUAUUAGCCAAAGCAGGGGAAGGAUCCCUAUAGUAGCACAGAACUCAGAGGAGGAGAGCCCACUAAGUCCUGUUGGACAGCCAAUGGGAAUGGCAAGAGCAGCAGCUGGACCCUUGCCACCAAUAUCUGCAGAUACCAGGGACCAGUUUGGAUCGAGCCAUUCAUUACCUGAGGUCCAGCAGCAUAUGAGGGAAGAGUCACGGACUCGAGGCUAUGAUCGAGAUAUAGCCUUCAUCAUGGAUGACUUCCAGCAUGCCAUGUCAGACAGUGAAGCCUAUCAUCUCCGUCGGGAAGAAACAGAUUGGUUUGACAAGCCCAGAGAGCCUCGUUUGGAGAAUGGACACAUCCUUGACAGAAGGCUGCCAGAGAAGUUGUCACAUUCUCGACCACUAAGUCAACACCAAGAUCAAGUAAGCUGUCAAAUAAGAUGUAUAAAUGGGAAGCCCCUGCAGUACAUUUUCCCUCAUACAAGGCUCAAACUACUGAGAGACCCAAAGGAUCACACAGUUUCAGGCAAGGGACUGGGAAUCCGAGUUGUAGGUGGGAAAGAAAUUCCAGGAAGCAGCGGGGAAAUUGGAGCUUACAUUGCCAAGAUCUUGCCUGGGGGCAAUGCAGAGCAGACGGGGAAGCUUAUAGAAGGAAUGCAGGUGCUGGAAUGGAAUGGCAUCCCCUUAACCGGGAAGACUUAUGAAGAGGUCCAGAGCAUUAUUAUUCAACAGAGUGGGGAAGCAGAAAUAUGUGUAAGACUGGACCUGAACAUGCUCUCGGACUCUGAGAAUCCCCAGCACCUGGAGCUUCAUGAGCCAGUAAGGGCAGUAGAUAAAGCGAAGUCCCCAGGGGUUGAUCCCAAGCAGCUGGCUGCAGAGCUCCAAAAGGUUUCUCUACAGCAGUCACCUCUGGUGGCUUCUUCAGGAGCAGAAAAGGGAUCUCAUGUCCACUCUGGAACCACUUCUGCCACCUCCAGUGCUGUUCCUAGCCCUGGUCAGCCUGGUUCUCCCUCAGUGAGCAAAAAGCGGCACAGCAGCAAGCCCACGGAAACUACAAAGUCUGCUUCUCAUCCAAUCACUGGAGAAAUACAGCUUCAAGUCAACUAUGACAAACACCUUGGCAACCUUAUCAUCCACAUCCUUCAGGCAAGAAACCUUGCUCCAAGAGACAACAAUGGCUAUUCGGACCCCUUUGUUAAAGUUUAUCUUCUUCCAGGGAGAGGACAAGUCAUGGUUGUCCAAAAUGCCAGUGCUGAGUACAAGAGGAGAACUAAGUACAUACAGAAAAGCUUGAAUCCCGAGUGGAAUCAGACAGUCAUUUAUAAAAAUAUCUCCGUGGAGCAGCUGAAAAAGAAAACAUUGGAAGUGACUGUCUGGGAUUAUGAUAGAUUCUCCUCAAACGAUUUCCUCGGUGAAGUAUUAAUUGAGUUAUCCAGCAUCUCUCAGCUUGACAACACUCCCCGGUGGUAUCCUCUUAAAGAACAGAGUGAAAACAUAGAUCAUGGGAAAUCUCAUUCUGAAAAGAGUAGCCAGCAAUCUCCAAAACCAUCUGUCAUCAAGAGCAGAAGUCAUGGAAUCUUCCCAGACCCCUCCAAGGACAUGCAGGUGCCCACCAUUGAGAAAUCCCACAGCAGCCCAGGGAGCUCCAAAUCUUCUUCUGAAGGACAUCUGCGCUCUCACGGUCCAUCUCGCAGCCAAAGCAAAACCAGCGUCACUCAAACUCACCUUGAAGACGCUGGGGCAGCCAUCGCCGCUGCUGAAGCAGCUGUGCAGCAGCUUCGCCUUCAACCAACAGCACAUAAAAGCGGUCAGUCUAAUCAUGCCAGGAAGCAGCACAGACACAGCAUAGCAGGAGUCCUCCCCAUUCAAAGAACUCAGUCUGACAAUCUGCCUCCACCAGCCAAUGACAACAAAGACCAAAGCCAACUAGCCCUCAGGAAAGUGAUGUCUGAUGGACCAGUCAAGCCUGAAGGAGCAAGGUCUACUAAUCACCGACCUGCAGAAAGUUCUGUCUCCACUGGCUCAUCAGCCAGUAGUUUUGGCAGUGGAUACAGCAUGGAUAGCGAAGGCAGCAGCAGUGCCACGGCAGAGAAUAAUCUAUUUCCCAUCCCAAGAAUAGGGAAGAUGAGCCAGAAUGGACAAGAACCAGUAAAGCAGUCGGGAGUAGGAGUAACCGAUUCAGAAGGUAAAACACAGGUUAUGGGUGAAAUCAAGAUUGCAUUAAAGAAGGAAAUGAAGACAGAUGGAGAACAACUGAUAGUAGAAAUCCUUCAGUGCAGAAAUAUCACAUACAAAUUUAAAUCUCCAGAUCAUCUUCCAGACCUGUAUGUGAAGCUGUAUGUUGUCAAUAUCUCUACCCAAAAAAGAGUAAUUAAGAAGAAAACCAGGGUAUGCAGGCAUGACCGAGAGCCUUCGUUCAAUGAAACAUUUAGAUUUAGCUUGAGUCCUGCUGGGCAUUCUCUUCAGAUUCUGCUUGUCUCCAAUGGAGGGAAGUUUAUGAAAAAGACACUGAUUGGGGAAGCUUAUAUCUGGCUUGACAAGGUGGAUCUAAGGAAAAGAAUAGUAAACUGGCACAAACUGUUGGUCAGCUCCACACAAACACACUGA